AAGUGGUGGUAUGGUAUAAGGUGACAAUGCUUUAAAAUGAUAAGAAUAGCUGCUCUGAAUGAUAGCAGCAGUGGAUUUGAUGAUGACGAUGCCAGGAGUAAAGCAGUCGGAACAAGGGAGGCUGAGGAAUCAGAAGCUUACACUUUGUACAACAAAGCCCUGGGACUUCAAAGACAAGAUAUACAGAAAGCAGAGGAGGCAUUUGAGCAACUUCUAAGUCAUGGUUUCAUCAGAGAGGCAGCCAAACUCAUUGAGACGGAGACUGUGGGGAUCACACACCCUGGACUUCAGCUUCUGUACUCCAUCUACAAAAAUCUGGCUGCCAUGUCCCUCCAGAAGGGGGACCAUGAGGAGGCAAUGGAGUGGUACAUAGAGGCAGUCAAAGUUGAUGAAUCAGAAACAACUGUCUGGUACAAGAUAGGAACAAUAGCCCUGAAACUUCAUAAUUAUCAACUUGCCAGGCUAGGAUUUGAACAGGGUCUACAGUGUAAUCCAAACCACUGGCCAUGCCUGGACAAUAUCAUCACAGUUCUUUAUACCAUUAAUGAUUACUGGUAUUGCCUGUACUACAUAUCCAAGGCUUUGAAGAAAGACUAUUUGUACCCCAAGGGAAUUGUUUUCAGGAAUCAAAUUCAUAAGGAACAACCAUCCCUGAAAGAGGCUACACAAGAAAUGUUUAAAGAAUGCAAUUCACUGAUUGAUACAGAGAAAGUGGAUCAAGAGGAAAUAGAUGAGUAUGUGAAUGAGGCAUUGAAGAUGAGACAGAAAAGAAGAGAAUUGGCCAGAACUCCCCCAAUGAAGCCCAACAAACUGCCAGUUCCUGUUAAAUCGUAUACAUGGUUGUCCUUGGGUGAAAGCUUGAUUGCUUUAUAUGACAACAUUAAGAAAGCCACCCCACCAAAGAGUUUGAGUAUCAGAGUUGACUUGAGUGACUAUGCAGUAGAUAGAAACAAAAGUCAUGAAACCAAAAAGGAAGAAGUGCCAAGUCAACCUGCAAGUUCCACAAUUUCAUCAGAAUUGCCUCCAGCUGUGGAAAAAAUGGAUGUCUCAAAACCUGAGGAAAUGGAGGUUGAUCACACUGCUGUGACAGAAACGUUGACAAACGUUAUCUCUACUGAUAGUGUUUCUGACACUGUUGUCAAUUCUACUGCUGUGACUGCCAGCAGUGAAACUGCUCUAGUUCCAGCACUGCCCACUAGUGACAACAUCGUUGUUACCAGUACUGACACUACAACUGCUGCUCCAGAAAGUGUAAUCCUUGUGACCUCUGCCACUCUGACCUCUGAACCAGAGAAUGUAACUGUAACUGUGACCUCUGAACCUUCAGCUCUGGAGGUGUCAAAUUCAUUCCCAACUUUGUCUGCUAUUCCCAUUUCAGUGACCUCUGCAUUGCAAGAUAACCCUGGGUCAGAAAAUAGUGACACAGAGAGCAAGGUCAAAGGGCAAAAGAGGAAGAAGUCAUCAAAUUUUGAUAACCCGUACUACGAAAAACGACGAUCAGCCAGGGUGAGAAACACUUUCACACGGAGAGAGGAGGAGCGAGUGAACUUCCGAGAGAUCCUGGAGACAUUCAUACCUCCCAGUCUCAGGUCUGGGGUUGAUGAAGAGGAAAUGGAGACCUUGGAUGUUGUUUCUGACAAUGAGGGAUCUGUUUUUACUAAACCCAAUAAAACUGAAACUGGAACAGUAUCAAAGGCAAAAUUGUUAUCAGAUACAGAGGAAAAUGAUGUCAGAGAAUUCCUUGAGAGAGAACAGAAAAAUGGUGGCCUACUUAUGUUGAUGUUACAUUUCCUGGAGUCCCUUUGUGACAGGGCAGAGCUAGCCUGGCCCCCAGAGCUCGCCUCCAUCUAUGUAAGGGUAUAUACAAGAUGGAGGAGACAUAUAGACCUGCCUUGUUUGCUCAGUAAAAAUGAACCAGAGGAAGAUAUAAGAGUGUUUGGAAAGAUGUUGUUGUUGAAGCUGGAGUUUCAUUUUGAUCAGUGGUUAACAAAGCACCUCAGAAGUGGAGCCUCACCUAAAGGGAAAAGUCCUGGAUCAGGCCUUCCAUCAGAGAUGCCCAAGUUCUGGGAGGAUGACAUGGAUUAUAUAUUUGGGUUACAGGGGCAGUCAGAAGUCAUGGGACCUUUGUGGCUACAGCACUGUGUUAGAGCUUACUGGCUACAGGCUCGGUUGUGUCUACUUCAAGGAGAAAUUCAGUAUGCCUCAUGCAGUUUUCACAAGGCAAAAGAAUUUUUGAAAUGGAGAAUAGAGGAUGAGAAUGCCCAAGAGAUUCUCCUGAGGAACUGCCAAAGUGACAACUGGAUUUCAAUAGAAAGCAUUGAGCGACAUCAAGAUUCCUUGGAGAGAAGUCAGUCCAUGGAUGAAAUGCAGAAAUUGUUUGAAGCCAAAGAAUUUGAAAAAGUGGUUGAACUUUUGUUAAAGGCAGUUAACCAGCCAAGUCAGAAACCCAUGAGGAUUGACCCUGAAUCUGUUAUACCUCCAAGGAUUGAACAACUCUGCUUGCUACAUGACUGCCUUCAAAAAAUGGGAGAUAUGCAGAGGUCCAUACAUUGGGGAGAGGUAGCUUUUCAUGAGGCCUUCCAGGGAUACAAGAAGGCCACAACAAGCCCACAGAAGGAUGAAUGGUCAGCGGUGUUAAACCAGAUCUGGUCAUCACUUCUUAGAAAUCUGGAGAAGCCUGAAUGUUUGAAGGAGCUGAGUGGACCUCGUAAGAAUCGUUUGACCUAUGACCUGGUGUCUGUGAUUGACAUCAUGAUGUCGGUACCAGAGAAGGCCACUGAUAUGCCAAUAGGAAGUGUAUUACCUUGGAUGAUUCUGUACUCCAUCAUCCACUGUGAGGAAGAGAAAUUCUUUGCCCUACAUAAGGAGCAAGAAUCUACAGACUUGAGUACCCAGGAGAAUCUGCCCUCAUCGUUGAUGCUCCUCAAUGUCUCACAUGAAUAUCUAGGAAGCCAUUCAUGGUGCACAAAGUCAGAUGGGAAAUUGCUGAUAUUUUUCAUGGAUGUCUUGGAAAAGAAACUAAAGGACAAUUUUAAGUACACAGAUGAUCUCAGACAGAUGUAUGAACAGUGUGUUUACUGUCUUUAUGGUCAUCCAAAUAAGAAGGGCAAGGCCAAACACCUGGCUGACCACAAUGUCCCGCCCCUCACUCUCACCCUCCCUCAAGCCAUACAGCUGUUUGAAUAUUACAAGCCAAAGAAUUUGCCAGAGUUUGACAGUUUUAAGACCGACACUGUUUCUGCUGAGCUGGAGUCUCUCUUAAGAAGAAUUAUACAACUUAUACCGGAGGAAGAAAAACCAGCUAACAGACUGGAUAAAGUUCAGGACUAUAUUGAUGGCACAAGCAGUGUUGUUCCUACCCCUGUAAAAGGGCUAGAGUUCUCAACCAUAACAAAAGAAAUCUAUUACUUGCUGGCUGAUUAUUACUUCAAGAACAAUGAACAUCCGAAAGCCAUCAAAUUUUACAUGUAUGAUAUAUGUGUUUGUCCAUUACGACUGGACUCCUGGGCGGGUUUGGCCCUAGCUAGGAUGUAUCAGCUGGAACAGAAACUCAACUCGACUGAUCUGAAACUAGACGUGUCACUGAGGAAGCGGUCUGGGGCAGCACUGAGGUGUUUUGACAGGGCGGUAGAUAUAGAGGAUGCUUAUGGCAAACUAUGGAUGGAGUAUGGAUCUUUGUCCUACCAAUUACAUGCUCACUCCUCCAGGCAACUCAGCUUUCAUCAGGAAAAGAAACAUGAAUGUGAUGUGGAUUUUCUUCCACCAGAGUUACAGCAGUCAGCAUCCAGCUUUAAGCUUGAGAUGUUGGACAAGGCGUUCAUGUGUUAUAAGAGUGCCUCCCAGUGUGUAGACGAGGAGAGCGAGGAAUGGCUGACUGAUUACAUGAUGGGGAAGUGUUUGGAGAAGAUGCACAAGUCUCCCAUGGAAUAUCUGAAUUAUUAUAGACAGGCUGCUGCUGCUCUACAUGAAGAGAAUGCUACUUACCCCAAAAAGAUUGCCUAUGCUUACACAGCCCAUACCUCCCCCAGGCUAGCAGUAGAGGCUUUGGAGAUGUUCUACCGCCUUCACGUGUCUAUCCUGAAACUACUGCUCAAAGGCUCCAACACUGAGGAUUACCACACCUACGCUGAAUAUAUAGAGGAAGCAGCUAAUUCUCCGUUUGCCAGAGGAUGUGAGAAAAAAGAUGAGGAGUCUGGAAAUGUAUCUAUGGAUUAUGAUGAUACAAAGACUGACAAAACCACCACGAACCAACAAGACCACACAUACUCCAAAUCCAAGGAUCCCACAAACAUGAUGGACAAUGUUGAUGAAAAUCAGGUGAACAUCGAUUCUGCGGACAGUAUGGAUGAAAAGCUGGAAGACUCUGCAAAUAACAGUAGAGACAGCAGCGAGUAUUUCCCCAGUGCAGAGCCCUCUGAAUCUUCUCAGGAUGUUGGGGGUAACAUGGAAACCGAAGAUAGUAUGCUGACAUUUUCUGGGGCUUCCUUUAAACACCAGCAACCUUCUGAGCUACCAAAAACAAUUGAAUUGUCAGCCGAGGUGCUGGAUUCUUGCGGGAAAAUCCCAGAUUCUGAAGAAAGUGCAGCUUCAAAAAGUGACAGUACAGAACUGUUAUCUAAACAGAGGUCAUUAGGUUUUAUCCCUUCUGGGAUGGUUGAGGAACCAAAGUCCAACUCAGAAUUAAGUUUGACAGAAGAUUCAUCCCUGUCCAAAACUGGAAUGGACAUCAUUGAAAUUUUUUCCUCACCAGAACCUAUUGAUCCGAAAAUACAGCCGAAGUUUUUCACGCCAGAUAAUCGGCAGUCCUCUGUAGAGUCUGAUGAUAAAAUGGAAAUCGUCACGUCAAGCACUGUACAAAAUGUAGAGGAGAAGCCUGAAAUGUGCAAUGAUGGUGCUUCCAUUCCUGACACAAAAGCAGCGGGAGAUGUUCAAUCCAUGGAGAGUCUGGAAAAGAAGGAGGAAAAAGUCAGUGAUAGCAUGAAGCAAACAGGGGAUAAUACAUUGGCAGUGAAAGAAACAGAUGAGAACAAGGGAAAAGAGUCAGAGUCAGCAAAUGAGGCAGAAAGAUCCAAAGAAUCUGAUAAAAUCUUACCAGACAAAACUACAAACAAACCUGAAUCUGAUAGUCCAAGCAUAAAGACAGAAGUACCCUCCAAAGGAACUCCACAGGAAGGUAAAAAAGAGACAAACUCGGAUAACCCUGCACAAACAGGAGGGGGUGACACUGAUACACAAAAACAUGCAGAAGAAAACAAAAAAGAAGAAUCCAGCAAAUCAGAGGAAACGGAGAAACCCAAACUGGAGGGAAUGGAGAAACCCAAACUGGAGGGGACUGCACUGCGUAAAGACCUGAUAGAGAAGUGUAUGGCAGCUUUACACCUGUGUUUGUCUAGGUUUCCUACCCACUACAAAUCUACUUAUAGACUGGCUUAUGUCUACUUCUACUCAACUUUUCACAAGAACCUGCAGUACGCUCGAGAUCUCUUGCUGGGGAAUCCCCAGUGGCAGUCUCUCAGCUAUAUGCCAGCACAGGGACUCUUCAGUGAGAGAAAAGUCACCAACUUUUUCCAGGGAACUUGGAGACUUCCUAUCAGUGAAGUAGAGAGGGCAGGAAGUUUUGCUACACACCUCAACAGGGCCGUGCUCCUCCUGCUAAAGGUUCUGUUGGAGCAGAAGGAUGUCCCCAUGUUGUACCAUCUCCAUCUGCAGCUAAACAGGACACCGGAUGCAGAAAAGAAAUACCUUCGUGAUGCCGAGCGGCUACAUUACUCAAAACUGGCUCUGGAUUAUUGCUUGACUGCCAUAAAGAACAGACUUCCAGAAAUACAAGAAUUACAGGACACUGAAAAAGCCAUUAAAUUGUUGAUGGAGACCUAUAAAAUUUAUAACUAUGGAAUUUCUAAAAUGAAGGCAACCAUUGGACCCAGAAUUAGCAAUCUCCUGGCAGUAACGUACAAGGCAGUCAUGAAGGAAGAGGUCUCCCCAGAUAAACCUCUUUUUGAACAAGCAAUCAAAUUCUGUCAACUUUAUCAUCAACAGAACACACCACAGAGACAGGGCACUGUUCGAUCGAGUAUGGAUAGCAGUCUUUCUGAUUCCUCCUUGUUUUCCCCUGACCGCCUUUUAACGAAUCCUUUUAGACCUUCAGGAACACCCCAAUCUCCAGUAAAAACACCUCAGGCCAUCCUGUCGUCCACACAACAAACAAAAUCUCAACAGUCCCCUACCACUUCAGUGCAAGUGCCUCCUAGUAAACCAGAGGCACCUCAAUCACCAGCCAAGUUACCUCAAACUAGCACUGCAAUGCCAUCCAGCAAACCACAGACAAAUCCAUCAACAUUAAAGUUUUCACAGAUCGUCACUUCUGUACCACCAAAACCCAAACAGCCUAUAGUUCAGUUGACCAAAUUACAAAUGACACCUCAAACUUUUUCAGAGCUUACUAAAGAACCAUCAGUAGAGGAGCCUAAAGUUAAUGCAUCUGCAAUUCUUGGUGGGGUACAGAGCAAAACAAGUGCUAGCUUGUCAGUGGGAUCUAGACAAUUGUCUUCUGGGAUAUCUGCGAUUUCCUUGAUAUCUUCCUUAAUAGAGGAUGGUAUCAACAAAGCUAACAAGCAGAAGACUGAAAAAGCUGGAAGAAGUGAAAGUAUGACUGAUGAACCACCAGCUCCAAUAAGUACUCCUGCUACUCCAAAACUUACCAAAGCAACUUCUCCUAGGCCUUCCUCUGGGAUGUCACGUCCACCUCUUCAUUUGAUACAUCCCAAGAAAAGGGCACUGAUGUCUGAAGAAGUGAUUGAAAUUUUGUCUUCUGAUGAGGAAGAAGAAGCAAUGGAAGUUGCAUCAACAGGCAAGUCAGGGAGUCAAAAGGAAGAUGUGAAAAAGUUGACAGGGGAAAAUGUGGAAAUGGAUGACAAUGCAAAUCAAAGUCAGGCUGAAGAGGAAAAGAAGGAAAUUGAAAGAAAAAACAGUAGUGGUGCUUUAAUGACUGGGAACACUGAAAGUGAAAGUAAAGAUAAUCCAAGUUCUAGUAAAGUAAUGGAGUCAAAGAUGGAGGCAGGCACCGAUUCAGGAAAGGAUGGAAUGUCAGAUGUCAAGGAUGUACCUUAUCUUGAUCCAUCGACAGGAUUGUUUGUGACAGACUCGGACAGUCAGAGCAGUGUAUACGUAGCCAAUCCAGAGAACAUCUCAUUCGAGGAUGAACUGAUGGUAGAGGAUGACUGAAGCCAGUAAUAUUGACCUGUGUGGAUGUUAGACUGACUGUGUGUGGGCUCUGGCUGUGUGUGAACAUGUCAUAUAUUUUCCAGUCUUGCUGUAGGAUAGAGCAUUGAUGGAGAAUGAGCCAAUUUUGGCAGAUGACAAAGUUUGUAGUAUUAUCUGAGUGGAAGACUGAAAGUUAUGGCUGUAUGUGCUGUGGUCAGCUGUUGAAAAAGAGUGAAUGAAAAAAAUGUUUCUGGAGGAUGUUGAGACAAAGGAGAGUAAAAACUUGACAAGUAUAAAUUGAAAGAAAUGUGAGAGGAGUAGAAGUAGGUACACAUGUACUAGUGUAUAUGCUGAAUAUUUCUGAGUGGUUGGUCAUAUGUGUGUAUGUAGAUAAUGCAGAAGCAUUACUUGUAUAAUAAAACAGUACCAGAA